AUGGCGUCAUCCAGCGUGAAGAGGGGUCACUGCGGGUCAUCGCGAGACGUCCACCGCAAGAUAGACCCAUGUCACACCUUAGGAACGGGAUUGGGCAAGACAAGGGUGGAGGCCGCUCUGGCCGCCCCCGACACCGCCGUCCCUGACGCCGCCGUCGAGGUAGGCACCGCCACCCCGGAAGGUGUCGGCCUCACCGACGGCCCCAGCGCAUGCGUUUCCGCCCCCAUCAAGGUUGCCGCGGCCACCGCCGACGCCAACGCGCGUCCCGACCCGUCCGUCGGCGCCACCGCCCCCGUCGCAGAUGCCGGAGCAAGUGUUCCCAUGGCCACCACGCCCUUCAUCGCGGCAACCAAGGUAGGUGUCCCCACCCCCAUCGUGGCUUCUGGAGCAGGCACCUCUGCCUCCACCGCUGCUGCCGCCUCUGCCGCGGCUCCUGGGGCAGAUGUCCCCGCCUCCGUCGCCGCCGCUGCCUUCGUUGCAGCCGCUGUGGGGGGUGUCCCCGCCUCCUCCGCCGCAGCCGUCCCCGUUGUGGCUACGGGGGCAGACUCUCCCUCCUCCGUUGCCACCGCCAUCCCCGUCAUGGCCGCUGGGGCAACCGCCCCCAUCUCCGCCACUGCCGUCGGAGCCGCAUGCUCCUCCUCCGCCUCGUCGUCGUUGAGGUAA